ACGCCCAAGGCUCCUUUUCAUCUCCGUAAUCACUCAACAUGGGCAUGACAACCGGCUUCCUCGGAGGCUUCACCCUCACAUCGGCCGUCCUCUACCUCUCCCUCUCGCUGCACCAACAGAACCGCGCAACACAAGUCGCCCUUCUUCGCCAACAGCGCAACGUCCUCACAAACUUCUACGAGCCCAAGGAGCCUGAAAAGGAGCCUCGAGCACGCGAGGUCCCCAUUGGUUUGGCAGAGAUGGCCAAAGAUAGGUGGAACAGGGUGCUAGAAGAGACGGUGCAGACGGUGUACAACACAGACUGGAGGAGGGUUAGGGAGAGCGCCGAGGAUAGAGUUGGCACAAUUGCACAGAAGAUCAGGGAAAGUGGAAAGUGAGCUGAAUCGAGCGAAGACUGACGAGGGAGGCGAGGUGGGCAAUUGCGACGAUACCCUUCUUGCAGCGACGAUUUUGGAAUUUAUACGACAGCAUAGGGUAGGU